AUGCAACAUGGGCCAAGGUCGAAUGUAUUCCAUGCUGGCACACCCAGGAACAUCGUUAAUCAUCCCCAGAAUUUGGAUCCGAAACCUGAAAUGGUUGUUUGUGGCGGUAAUGCUACAACGGUAAUUUCUUCAGUAGUAGCAACAACAGCAACACUUGCGAACAAUUCCAAUGAAAUUGGCAAUUCGUCUUCUUCAUCGAGCGCUACCGGGUCACCAGUCAAUGAUGAUUAUGCACAUCGGAAUUACGUUUCAAGUUCGUCGUUAAUAUGCAAAAGUAUGAAAAGUAAACCUGAAGGUAUGAAUGAAUGGGAUUGGACUAGCAUGUCGGAACACAAUUUUGCCGAACUUUGUGUAUUUCAUGUACCUGAUAAGCCAUUAGAACAUCAGGAUCCAAACAAUCGCGCCGCAACAUCGCUACCAUUAAACUUGACCAUUCGAUCUUCACAUGAACUGCCUAAAGCGAUGGGUGUCUGGAGUAUGGACUACAUUCCACGUGGUGCACGUUUCGGACCUCUGGUCGGUGAGCACAGGAAACCGGACAUUACGGAAGCUACAGUAAGCCCGGCAGAAGCUAGCAGUGCUAGUGGUUUAUGUCACCCCCAUUGUGGUGAUGCUUCAAGUUCCACCCCUGGAAGUGAGCUACCUUGGGAACCUAUCUGGAAAAUAUUUAGCAGCAGCGGUAGCAUAUUAAUUCGAUUGCUGGAUGUAAGCGAAAAUCGCAAAAGUAAUUGGAUGAAAUUUGUAAACCGGGCACGAACCAAGGAGACGCAAAAUUUAGUCGCUUGCCAGGUAGAAAGUGAAAUUUAUUUCUAUUCCGUGAAAGCAAUUAAGCCAAACACGGAAUUACUGUAUUGGUAUAGUCAGGACUAUGCGCAACGCAUCAAUUUUCCAGCAUUCUGCGACUAUUGGAAAGUUCCUUCAUCAAAAGUUCUGAAGUGUGUUGAAGUAACCAGUGCUCCAGGAACAAGUCGAAAUGCUGAAGUAAAACCGCAAAAACAAAAGCAACAACAACAACAACAACAGCAUCAACUGACAUCAUCACAAGAAGCUCUUGAUUUCUCACUAAAAAAAGUCUCACCAAAAGAGUCAACGGUUGGAGUUGCAAAUGUUACAUCAAAACGACCAACGGAUGCUCAUUCGCCGUUUACAUCAUCGAGUGGUAGCGAUUUGACGCAAUUACUCAGUGACGAUUGCGAAUCAAGCAUUAAUUCUACAUCUACGUUGUCAUCACCUACAUCACCGCUUGCUGCUAAUGAAAGACAGCAAAGGAUUACGCGACCUAACGUAAUCCAAAAUCCUGUACAUCGUCCGGUUGCAACAAAAAUCCCGCAAAGUACAGUACCACAGAUGGCAAGCGGAUUACCACCACUGCAACCUAAUGCUAUCAAUCCGUACAAUACACUAUUACAUGAAUUCUGGCGGCGUAGUUCGGCUUUAGGUGUUACCUCAGGAGGAAUUUGGGUACCACCACAACCAAAUCAUGGUGUUGCUGCAACGCCACAUAUUGCGCGACCAUGUUCGCCUGGACGACCACCUGCUUGCUCACCUGCACCUGCGUUUGCAGCAACAGCAAGUCCACCGUUUGGUACUACUCUUGCCGGGACGCUUUAUCCUUCAACCACUCCUACAAAAGCAUCAUUUUUUGCUGCCCAACCACAACCUCUUCUCCCUUUGAGCAUUCCACCGCCGCCUCUUGCAACUUCGCCAACCGCUUUCCAGGCUGCGUCCAGUAAUUCGCCGUAUUUACGCAACAGACAAUCAUAUCCAGUACAAAAAUCUCAAGUUAACGGGAAAACCCGCUAUGAAUGCAAGGAAUGUAGCAAAACAUUCGGGCAACUAUCAAAUUUGAAGGUACAUUUGCGAACACAUACUGGUGAACGACCAUUCAAGUGUAGCAUUUGUUUCAAAGAAUUUACUCAAUUGGCUCAUUUACAGAAACAUCACCUUGUUCAUACCGGAGAAAAGCCGCAUCAAUGUGAAGUUUGUCAGAAACGCUUUAGCAGUAUGUCAAAUUUGAAGACUCAUUUACGUCUUCACAAUGGCCAGAAGCCUUAUCCAUGCGAUUUAUGUAGCGCCAAAUUUACCCAAUUUGUUCAUCUGAAACUUCAUAAACGCUUACAUACCAAUGAAAGGCCAUACAAUUGUUCAUGUUGUGGAAAGAAGUAUAUCUCUCCAUCAGGCCUACGGACGCAUUGGAAAUCGACAAACUGUCGGCCGGAAACCGGUAGCGAAUUGCAUAUAAUCGAUCUGGACAGUGAGGAAAAUAGCGGAACGCUCCGUGAUGAGCAAUGUGUUACCAGUACAACACCGGUACCACGAUGA